AUGGAGCCUGACGAAAACAACGAUUUUAUCGACGAAGGCUAUGCUAGCACGUCCGCAAACACUAGUUAUGUGACAAGUAUAGCAACCGAGAUCCGCGAGGGAAUUGAAGAGUACGGCCGACGAUGGGCGUCUUAUGGGAGACAUUUCUACGGUCUUCCAAUUGACGAUGAAGAACAGAACCGAAAUGACCUCCAGCAUUACAAGUUCUUCCUUCUUUAUGAAGGACGGCUCCACCUGGCUCCCAUCGACCCAGAACCCCAAAACAUCUUGGAUUUGGGGACGGGAAGCGGGAUCUGGGCUAUCGAGACCGCCGACAGGUAUCCUACGGCAAGAGUUGUUGGCGUUGAUAUUGCGGCCGUGCAGUCCAACUGGGUGCCACCAAACUGUCACUUCGAGAUUCUGGACGUCGAGACGGAUUGGGAAUUUCCCAGAAACACGUUUGACCUGAUCCAUGCCCGGGAGUUUCUUUUCUCCAUCAGAGACUGGCCUACCCUUAUAUCGCAGGCAUACAAACACCUCAAGCCGGGCGGGUAUUUCGAACUUGCCAUCACAGUCCCCGAGGUCGGCUGUGAUGAUGACAGCUGUCCAGCUGAUUCAAACUACACUGAAAUGGGCAAGCUCUUCUUCAAGAUUGCACAAGCAAUGGGUAUCGACGGUUAUGCCUGUAAAUUGUGGAAGCAACAAUUACUAGACUGUGGCUUUGAAGACGUGCAGCAGACCAUCUUCAAAAUCCCGACGAAUCGGUGGCCAAAAGAUCGAAGGCUGAAAACAAUUGGGGCGCUCGAGGUCCACAACUUCUUUCAGUAUGCGCAGGCUGGCUUUGAGAGAGGUGCUAUCGCGCUGCUCGGAAUGGAUCCAGCAGAGCUUCAGGUGAUGCUAGCCCGAACGAGGAAGGAGAUUCUGGAUCGAAACAUUCACACGUAUGUGCAAUUCUACAACGUGUAUGGGCGGAAGCCGGGCCCACCGGGGUAG